UAUAACCGCAGUGUCUGCAUAAACGACUACAAACCAAACUCGUGCGGCCCUUGUCAUAGUUUUUUUUUAUAAGUAAAUAAUAUUUUUAUGCUCUUGUAUGGGUUCAAUAUUUAUACGUACACUCAAAAAAACCAGUUUGGCCUUAUCUUUCAGACACAGGACUACUCUAAAUCGUGGCGUACUAUUUCAAAGAUUUGGUUCAUCAUCAUUCAAUAAUACUCGGGGAGACAAGGAGCACAAGAAAGGCACUAGUGUAGCUGCGAUGAAGUUCAAUUACCCAGUGCCCCGCAGGGAUGAAUCAGUUAAAGAAGUUCAUCAUGGAGUCGAGGUUACAGACCCAUAUAGAUGGCUUGAAGACCCUGACAGUGAGGAGACGAAGAAGUUUGUCGACGAGCAGAACAAAAUAUCAAUUCCGUACACUCAUGAUUGUUCAUGCCGCGAUAAGGUCAAUACCAAGUUGACGGAAAUGUGGGACUUUCCGAAAUACGAUUGCCCUUUCCGCGCCGGCGAUUAUUAUUUUUUCCAAAUGAACACCGGCCUUCAGAAUCAGAGCGUUUUAUAUAAGAUGGAGUCGCUGACUGGCGAGCCUACAGUUUUCCUCGACCCGAAUCUUCUGUCCGAAGACGGGUCAAUUUCCUUUGCCGGACGUUCGUUUUCGGAAGAUGGCAAAGUCAUGGGAUAUGCGCUCAGUCAGAGUGGUUCCGAUUGGGUGACUUUUCACUUUAAGGAUACAGCCACUGGCAAAGAUUUUCCUGAGAAAUUAGAGAAAACAAAGUUCACGUCUUUAGCUUGGACACACGAUAACAAGGGGGCUUUUUAUGGGUAUUUUCCUGAUAUUGAAUCAAGUAAAGCAGUGGGUUCAGAUAUUGGUGUUGUGAACAACCAGAAGGUCUAUUAUCACAGGUUGGGUACAUCUCAGAGCGACGACGUUCUUUGCAUCGAAUUCCCUGAAAACUGUGGAUACCUUCUGGCUACGCAAAUAAGCAGUUGUGGUAGAUGGCUCGUCGUCGAACCUAGAAAUGCUUGUCAUUUUAACCUCCUCUAUUUCGCCGACCUGAAUAGCCUUCCUAACGGAAUCACAGGGAAAAUUGAAUUGACCGAAGUCAUUGGAAAAUUAGAAGCCGAUUAUCACUAUGUAACAAACACAGGGUCAAAAUUUGUAUUUAGGACAAACAAAGAUGCUCCUAAUUAUAAGCUGAUAGUGAUAGAUUUUGAACAUUACAGUAAAGAAAAUUGGACAACUCUUAUUCCAGAACAUAGCUCAGAUGUAUUGGACUGGGUCGCAUGUGUCGCUGGUGACAAACUUGUUCUUUGUUACAUACAUGAUGUUAAGAAUGUUCUUCAUGUGCAUAAUUUGUCAGAUGGGUCAUUUAUCCAAGAACUGCCACUUGAAAUGGGCACUGUAACAGGUUUUUCAGGGGAGAAAAAAUACACAGAAUUGUUUUACGAUUUCAAGUCCUUUUUCACGCCUGGUAAAAUUUACAGAUGCGACUUUAGCCAAACACCCAUCCCUCCUCCAACAGUUUUCAGGGAAACGACGAUUCCCGGUCUAACACCUGAAGAUUACGAGCUCGAACAGAUUUUCUACUCGAGUAAAGAUGGUACAAAGAUUCCAAUGUUUAUCAUGCAUAAAAAGGGAUUAAAGAAAGACAGUAAUAACGGUUGUUUGUUGUAUGGUUAUGGUGGAUUCAAUGUUAGCCUUCAGCCGGUUUAUAGCACUUUCCGAAUAAUCCUCAUGAAACAUCUUAAUUGUAUAAUUGCUAUUCCUAACAUUAGGGGUGGUGGAGAAUACGGUGAAAAGUGGCAUGACGGAGGCCGACUUUUAAACAAGCAAAACGUUUUCGACGAUUUCCACGCCGCUGCUGAGUAUUUGAUCGCAAAUGGUUACACGAAAAAAGACCUCCUAGGAAUCCAAGGCGGAUCAAACGGCGGUUUGUUAACAGCUGCUUGUAUAAAUCAAAGACCUGACCUCUAUGGCGCCGCCAUUGUCAUGGUCGGUGUUCUCGAUAUGUUGAGAUAUCACAAAUUUACAAUCGGCGCUAUGUGGAGUUCGGAUUACGGUAAUCCUGAUGAAGAAAAACAUUUCAAAAAUAUUCUCAAAUACUCGCCACUUCAUAACAUUUCCGUCCCUAAUGAUCAGUACCCGGCAACGUUAUUAUUAACUGCAGAUCAUGAUGAUAGAGUCGUUCCAUCACAUUCUUUAAAAUUUAUCGCUACAUUACAACACACACUCAAGUCUCAUCCAAAACAGGAAAAACCUUUAAUAAUAAAAGUUGACACCAAGUCUGGGCAUGGAGCUGGAAAACCAACAACAAAAAAGAUUGAGGAGUGCACAGACAUCAUAUGUUUCCUGCUCAAAGCUUUAAACCUCCAGUAUAUCGAGUAAUACAAAGGGAAAGGGA